UCACCCAUGCUGCUGUGUAGAGAAUGAAUUGAGUAAUGACAUGAGUACCAAGAGGACAACCAGUUGGGACACUAUUAUGAUAAUUCAGGACAGACCAUGAAGCUGAAGGAACUUGAGCGGCCAGCUGUCCAAGCAUGGAGCCCAGCCAGCCAGUACCCUGUGUAUCUGGCCACAGGAACAUCUGCCCAGCAGCUAGAUGCCUCCUUUAGCACAAAUGGUACAUUGGAAAUCUUUGAGGUUGAUUUCAGGGACCCUUCUUUGGACUUGAAAUGCAAAGGAGUCCUGUCUGCCUCGAGCAGGUUUCACAAGCUGAUCUGGGGGAGCUUUGGCAAUGGGCUUCUGGAAGGCUCCGGGGUUAUUGCAGGCGGCGGGGACAAUGGCAUGCUUACUCUAUACAAUGUGACCCACAUCCUGUCUUCGGGGAAGGAACCUGUGAUUGCCCAGAGACAGAAGCACAUGGGGGCUGUCAGAGCCCUCGACUUUAAUCCUUUCCAGGGCAACCUCCUGGCCUCAGGGGCCAGUAACUCUGAAAUCUUCAUUUGGGAUUUGAAUAACCUGAGUGUGCCAAUGACUCCAGGAUCCAAAUCACAGCAGCCCCCAGAGGACAUCAAGGCACUCUCUUGGAACCGGCAAGUCCAAUACAUUCUGUCUUCUGCUCACCCCAGUGGCAAGGCAGUUGUGUGGGAUCUCAGGAAGAAUGAGCCUAUCAUCAAAGUCAGUGAUCACAGCAACAGGAUGCACUGCUCAGGCCUGGCCUGGCACCCAGCCAUAGCCACCCAGUUAGUACUAUGCUCAGAAGAUGAUCGUCUCCCGGUGAUUCAGUUGUGGGACUUGCGCUUUGCCUCCUCACCCCUGAAGGUGCUAGAGAGCCACAGCAGGGGGAUCUUGUCAGUGUCUUGGAGCCAGGGUGAUGCUGAACUGCUGCUCAGUAGUGCCAAGGACAACCAGGUCUUGUGCUGGGACCUGGGGAGCAGUGAGGUGGUAUAUAAACUACCCACACAGAGCAGCUGGUGCUUUGAUGUGCAGUGGUGCCCUCGGGACCCUCCAGUGUUCUCUGCUGCCUCCUUUGAUGGCUGGAUCAGUUUGUACUCUGUGAUGGGUAGGAGCUGGGAAGUCCAGCACAUGAGACAGGCCUACAAGAUCUCCUCUUCCUUCAGCAAAGGCCAGCCUCUCCCACCAUUGCAGGUACCAGAGCAGGUGGCCCAAGCCUCAUUGAUACCUCCCCUGAAAAAACCCCCCAAAUGGAUUAGAAGGCCUUCAGGCGUUUCAUUUGCCUUUGGAGGGAAGCUGGUUACCUUUGGCCUCCCCAGCUCCCCUGCCCAUCAUGUGCCACAGCCUUGCCCCCGCCUAGUCUUCGUCAGUCAAGUCACCACAGAAUCUGAAUUGCUAAUGCGGUCAACUGAGCUGCAGAAGGCCCUGGGAUCUGAAAAUCUCCUGAAUUAUUGUCAGAACAAGAGCCAGCAAGCUUCACUGCAAAGUGAAAAGAUGCUGUGGCAGUUCCUAAAGGUGACCUUAGAGCAAGACUCCAGAAUGAAAUUCCUAAAGCUUUUAGGAUACAGUAAAGAUGAGCUUCAGAAGAAGGCCUCCAAAUACACCACAGAGGAAGCCUCUGCUUCCUCAGCCUUCUUUGAUGAGCUGGUCCCUCAAAACAUGACUCCAUGGGAGAUCCCCAUCACAGAAGAUGCUGAUGGACUCCUGAGCCAGGCUCUCCUGCUUGGGGAACUGGGCCCUGCUGUGGAGCUGUGUCUACAGAAAGAGCACUUUGCUGAUGCUAUCAUCCUGGCUCAGGCUGUGGGCACAGAUCUGCUGAAGCAAACACAGGAGCGCUACUUGGCCAAGAAAAAAACAAAGAUCUCCUCGCUUCUAGCCUGGGUUGUGCAAAAGAAUUGGAAGGACAUGGUGUGUACCUGCAGCCUGGAGAACUGGAGAGAGGUGCUGGCCUUGCUACUGACAUACUCGGGCCCAGAGAAAUUCCCUGAGCUCUGUGACAUACUGGGAAAUCGCAUGGAGCAGGAGGGCAGCAGGGUACUAACCUCUGAAGCCAGACUCUGUUAUGUAUGCUCAGGGAGUGUGGAGCGGCUGGUAGAGUGCUGGGCAAAAUGCCACCAGGCUUCGUCCCCCAUGGCUCUGCAGGACCUGAUGGAGAAGGUGAUGGUCCUUAAUAGGAGCUUGAAGCUACUGCAGGGUCCUAAUGGGGUGAGCCCAGGCCCUGCCACAACCUACAGGAUCACUCAGUAUGUCAACCUCCUGGCAUCCCAGGGCAGCCUUGCUGCUGCCAUGAGCUUUCUACCCAGUGACUGUGCUCAGCCUCCAGUUCAGCAGCUGAGAGAUCGGCUUUUUCAUGCCCAAGAUUCUGCUGUCUUGGGCCAGCAGCCUCCCCCUUUCCCCUUCCCUCGGAUUGCUGUGGGAGCUACCCCCCACUCUAAAGAGACAUCAGCUCACGGCUUGGGAUCCCAGUCUUCUCACCAGGUUCCAACUCCAAGGCCAAGGGUUUUCACACCUCAGUCAUCCCUAGUGAUGCCCUUGAAACCUUCCCAUCCUAACCCUUAUCAGGGCUCCAGAAUGCAGAAUAUAAGUGACUACAGGGUACCUGGGCCCCAGGCAGCCCAGCCUUUGCCUUUGGGCCCUGGGGUGAGGCCUGCUUUAUCUCAGCCACAACUGUUAGGAGGGCAAAGAGCUCAAGCUCCUAACCCUGUGGGAUUCCUUGGAACAUGGCCUCUUCCUGGCCCCUCUCCACCCAUGGCAUCCCUAGACAUCGUGCAGCCUGGCUCUACCUCCCUGCCUGAAACUUCUAGACUGCUCCCUCUGCUUCCUGUGAGACUACUAGAUCCCAGUCCCAUGAGCUCCCAGCCCCCAGUCCCUCCUGCCAGCUUCCCUGCUGCAUACACUCCCGGAGGUGCUCCGUGCUCUAGCACCAUCCCAGCCACUGGCAUCUUGACUUCCCAUCCAGCACCUGAAGAUUCCUGGAAAGAUGCCCCAGCCCCCAGGAGAAACCUCCAGAGGAAAAAGCUGCCAGAGACAUUUAUGCCCCCAGCACCAAUUACUGCUCCAGUUAUGAGCCUCAGCCCUGAACCACGAAGAAUCCUUCCCUCACAGCCCCCUGUGUCCAGUAUGAGUCAUGCUCCCCCAGGAGCCCCAGGAGAACUCAGCCUGCAGCAACUUCAGCAAUUGCCACCUCAGAAGAUGGAAAGGAAAGAGCUGCCCCCAGAGCAUCAGUCCUUGAAGACCAGCUUUGAGGCACUUCUCCAGCGCUGUUGUUUGUCUGCAACUGACUUAAAGACAAAAAGGAAGCUGGAUGAGGCAGCCCAGCGUCUAGAAUAUCUGUAUGAGAAGAUCUGCGAGGGGACACUCUCGCCUCAUGUCCUGGCUGGGCUCCACGAGGUUGCCCGAUGUGUGGACACAGGAAGCUUUGAGCAAGGCCUCGCAGUGCAUGCGCAGGUGGCAAGCUGCAGCAGCUUCAGCGAAGUGUCCAGCUUCAUGCCCAUCCUGAAGGCUGUCCUCACCAUCGCACACAAGCUGCAGAUCUAAACCAGCCAGCCUCUCUUGCCAGGAGGCCACUUCUGCUGUUACUUAACUCCUCCCUGCAGAAAAGGGGAAUUUUGGAACAGAUUCUAUUGUUUUUCCCAAUCCUCUUCCUUUGCUGGCAGGUAUGUGAUGCUGUAGGCUUAGUUCCAAACCAGUUAAGUGCCUGCUUUUUCCCCUUUAUGCCUGGCCUUCUAGGAUCUACCCAAGACUCUCUCAGCCCCAGAGGCAGAGCACAGUUCUUCACUUUCCCUAACACUGUACUCUGACAGGACCUGGGGCAGAAUAUCUUCUCCCCCUGAGAUGUCCUGUUUAAGUGGCCUGUGACAGAGUGAACGGGAUCAUUAUUUCCAAGUCUACCUCUGCUGUCACCCACCUUGUGGGUCUUUUGCUUUUCCCUUCUGUGAUUUAUGAGCCUGACCUUACCUUCUCCCUGCCUCUGAUUUCAUAUUUUCAGGUCCAUAUUUCUCGGUGGCCCAGGGGCCCAGGGUAGAGUUGACUGCUGUUCACUCUUUGAACAAGUCAUAGACAUGAGGUGCCGAGCAGAACCAAGAGGGGAAACUUUGGCCCUUUUUAAACAAAACUUCUCAUGUGCCAGCAUUAUUAAGGGUGGACUAGGUUAGGUGGAAGGUGAAAGGGGUGAACUGCCUUGCUGGAAGCUGUCUUAGGCUAUUAGAGAGGAGCAGAGGGACCAGAGGCUAUGGGGAAUGGCCCUCGAUUCCACUUACGUUUGAGCCCUGGCCCAAGGCCCUAUACUAUUCAUUCUGUGCUUAUAAACCCAGUUCUGGAAUAGGAACCAUAUUAACGAAGGCUUCUUUUCCAGCACUGCUCCUCAAGGGCUGGGGCACUUCUACCCCUCAGCCACCAUGUCUCAGGGCUACCUUCUCUGGUUGUAUUUUCAUUUGAUGCAUGGCGUUUGA